CUAUCCGCUGCUGUGGGCUGGUGUGGGCUGUUGGGUCGCUGCUGGUGCUGGUGCUGGUGUGGGCUGGUGCAAUGCGGCCCCUAGUUGCUGCCAUGUGAACUGGCAGUCGGCAUCGCCCAGGUGGGUGUUGAAGCCCUUGACCACCGCCCCAUCCGCCAGCCCCCACUUGGCCGCCUCGUCCAUCCUGGCCCGAUGCACCACCUCACGCAGACCCACACGACCACGAGUGUGCACCGCCUCACGCGGACGGCUAUCGAUACCCUUUAGCUCGAAGCACUGCAGCUGCGGCACACGCACCACCUGGCCGCCCACAUCGGCCGUCCCGCCCACCACCUCCCUGUUGCUGCUGGCCUGGUACACCACCGAGCGGACGAAGUGCUCCGCUGCCGCGCACAGACGGCGGGCCAUGUCGCUGUGCCGCACACCGAUGGCCUCACUGAUGGCCUCCUGGGCGGCAUCCAUGUCGAAGAGGUAUGACGCGAUGCGCCAGCCGAAGAUGGGGGCCUCCUGCGGGCCGACGGCCAGCCGGGGGGUCAGAAGUGCCGCGAGGGAGCGGUGGGGGGCGAGGGCGGCGUUGACUGCCACCAUGACGGGGGGACCCACCUUGUUGAGCACUGUGGCGUACUCGGUCAGCACCACCUGGCGGCCACAGCGGUCCCUCUCUGUGGCUGUGGGGAUGCUGCUGAUGUCGGCCCCCGCCCGCAGCAGGCUGCGGAUGGUCAGCUUGAAGUUGUCAAUAUCGGCGCGAUACUUCUCCUUGAAGUGCUCGGGUGUGUUGGGGUCCUGCAGGUGUCGGAUGCGGCGAUCGAGCCAUCCGGCAGCCCAGGCGAGGGGCGUCUGGCCUUGGUUGUCCUGUCUGUUGAUCUGGUCAGCGGGCAGCUUGCGGCAGAGGUAGUCGGCCACAUGGGGAGAACCGAUGAAGGCCGCCUUGUGCAAUGGCGUCUGCCCACCGGCAUCGCCUGCCGUAAUGUCGGCGCCGUUCGCUGUGAUGAGGUCCAGGUAGGCGUUGAUGAAGGACGGGGGAUGGCGCCCCUUUGAGUUGAUGGCUGCCCAGUGCACCAAAUUGAAGGCGCCGUUGUCGUGUUCGGUGGCGAGGGUGGGGUCUCGUCGGGCGAGUCGCUCAUACAUCGACAUGAGCCGCUGCAGAUACUCGGGGGGAGGCAGACGCAGUGGGCGGGGCAGCUUCAUCACCAUGUGAGCGUCUGCUGCGUACAGGUCGAUGCCUUGACGAGCCCUCAGGAUGUCGAAGGCCUUCUGAUUGCCGGAUGCAAUCGCCACUUGGAGGGGCGUCUGUUCGGUCUCGUCGGCUGCCACAUUGGGGUCGGCUCCUCCGUUGAGGAGUGCGCUCAGGACGGCCGACUGCAGCUCGUCAGACGACCAGUGUGGCAGGGCGACGGGACGGGGGACAGCAAAAUCGUUUUCGGCUUGGAUGGUCCGGACGGUGCAGUCCGACUUGUUGUCAAUGGCGAGACACAGGGGUGGGUAGCUGUAGACCGCACCACUGCUAUCCCUGACCACACCGGUCAUGACAUCUGGGUCGGCGCCCUGCUGCCGAUGAGGUCGGUCAUUUGCCGUGCGUCGGUGAAGCGCCGGCCGAUGAUCCACCGUGACAGCUCCUUGGUGGCGUCGUUGGUGCCCUUGAGGAACCAAGCCUCUAGCUCAUCGAGUCCGAUGUGGCCGUCCGGCACGGGAACAGUGGGAUCCGCCAGGCCACUGAGAGGAUGACCUGCAACACACACACAGCCACCACACAACGGACAGUGAUUCUGCGCGCAGGAUCUUUUCUCGCGUCUGUCUGGCGUACCUUCCUCCUCAUAUUCAAUGUAGUCGUCGUCGAAGUAUCCGUCAUCGAUAUCGUCAUCUUGGUCGCCAUCACCAUCCUCGUCCUGCAUGCCAUCCUGACACACAACAAAGAGGCAGAGGGGCGGAAAAUGACUCAAGGGCCUCCAUCGCAUGGACCAGUGUUGGUGUCGAUGAGUGCCUCACCGAUUCGUCUCCAUCGGCUGCCUGCGGACCAUCAUCACCGUCGGCCAUCUCAUUGGCCAUCGCGCCCUCCUGCUGCUGCUGGCCGCCUGGACACCAACACACACACCCUCACCGACCUGGCGUGAGUGUGCUGCUGAUGUGAGUGCGCGUCGAAUGGUCUGUGUGGCAGGUCUGAUCACUCACCGCUGUCUGAGCCAUUGCAAUCUGAUUCCUCCGCCUGUCCCCUGCCGCUAUGCUCCUCCUCAGCCACAUCCUCUGAAGACACACACACACACGUGUGGCGCUGAUGCUGUGUGUUUGAUGUGUCACAUUCAUCUGUGUGUGGCGUAAACGCAUCGUCACCGUCACCGUCAGCCAUGGCAGCGGAGGCCAUGUGGCUGUCGUGACCGUCGGACAU